AUGCCUACACCAUACAAGCAGUACACCACUGGUCGACUGAAACCUCCAGCGCGAACCCCCCGGGAUAUGGCAUCGACAAGCGUGUGUGAGGGACUACCUUACGUCGCCUCCUCCCGUGGAGCUUGCAGAGUAUAUAGCUAUGAUCCGCCAGAAGGCGGGCCAGGCACUACCAUCUCCGCCAGGAUGACGUUUGUCAUGCGCACCGCAGAAACGACGUACAUGCGCCUGGUGAUUGGCCGCCGUGCUCUUACAACAGCUGUCCAACAAGUAGCUGAACACGGACGCAAGAUCCUGCAACUCCAGGCUUCCGUUCCUCUCGAUGCAUUUACAAUCCAUGCUUCCGUGGUGGCGCUGACCGUACAAGCGUUGAACAGCAGAGACGAAAUUCUGGAUAGCUGCACGUUCGGAGCCUUCCAUUACUCUCCGCCACUCACCAGCCGCUAUUCAAUAGAUGCGCCUCUUGGCAUGGAUAGCAUGCACAGUCCUUUGAUGCAUCCCACGUCAAGCUACCAAGAUGUACUCGCGGCUCGACAGUCUCUCAUUAGUUCGCAGGGCCUGGGCUCUGAGUCUCAUACUAAAAUGAACAUACGUGCAUCGUCACCUCCCAAACGGCAACCUCGGCGCUCCAAUGACAAAGGCCGACGCGACGCGAUCCCUGGCACCACCUAUCAACUAGAACUGCAGACACCGCUAGAGAGCAUGGCGACGGGUUGGGACGAAGACGAGCUCGCUGCGUCGCGCCGUCUCGUGCGCUUCACCUGGGAAUACGUGGGAAGCAAAAUCAAGGCGGCGUGCGAGCGCGUGCCGCCUGGCGCAAUUUACGACCCGAGAGACACGGUUAUCUCGUGCAUUUAUCGCGCGGACGAGGACGCAUGUUGCGUGACGUCCGUGGACGUGCUCCUCCUGCUCGAGCGGCUCUCGGGGCGCCUGUUCGAUGUCGACGAGAAAAACCGCAUCCGGCGCAACCUCGAGGGCCUGCGUCCGCGCACGGUCUCAAAAUCCCGUGCCGACUCGCGCGAUUUCUUCGAGCUCAUCAUGCGCUUCCCACCGCCGCGGCCGCGCAACAUUGAGAAGGACGUCAAGGUGUUCAAUUGGGCCGUACUCACCAAGGCAUUGGAGAAAGUCAUUUCACGAUAUACGGUGGUGGAACCUCCUCCAAAAACAACCCACCAACUAGCGCCUGUGAAAAGUGAGGCGCAUGUAGUGCAUGAGCCGCGCUCUGCUUCAGCCGCGUUGGCGCAGUUGCUCGGAAGAUCUGCGGAAAUCUCCGCUGAUCCCCAGAUGCCGACAUUGCUGCAUUCCGAUGCUGCAGGCUAUUUCGACAUGCACUCUGUCUCUUCUGCUGCUUCGACACCAACGGUCGCAACCCCCACGGCGUCGCAAGACCUAACGUAUCGAUCGCUGGCUGGGAUCUCUCACAAUGCAAGGGAGCAAGUUGGAGUCACGAUGAUCAAGCAUGAGUAUUAUGAAGAGUCGGUGCCUUGGGAUAUGCCUGGCCUCGCGUCAGACGCGUAUCCUGGGAUGAAUGCGCUUGAUCCGAUUGAGUUCCUGGCUUUGCGCGAAUACCGCACUCCUACCGAUACCUAUUCCUGA